UAGCAAACAGUCAUAAAUAAAGAAUAAUACCAUUUGAAACAAAAAAAUUACAAUGCAACUAGAGUAGCCUUAUUAAACAUUAUACGUAUCUUAAUUAAACCAAUAUUAUGAACUUGGAAAUGUAAUUGUAUUGUACUUCUUCGAACCAUGUGUGAUAGUGACGAACAAGGUGACCACAGCCGUUCAGGCUUGGAUCUGACCGGGUUCUUGUUUGGUAAUAUUGACGAAAGGGGUCAGUUAGAAGAUGAUGGAUUGCUAGAUGGUGAAUCGAAGCGAAUGUUAUCAUCGCUUAGCCGCUUAGGUUUAGGGUCUAUGCUCUCUGAAGUCCUGGAGGUUGAGGAACCACUUAAAGAAGAGGAAGAAAAAGACUAUAAUGAGAAAAGUCCAUCGGCUGUGGACUUUUUUGACAUUGAAGAUGCAGCAGAGGAUAUAAAAGUAGAAAAUAAUGUGAUAAAAUUUGAAAAUACUUCAGAUGUACAAACUGUGCAUAGCAGCAAUGUUCCUGUGAUUAUUGAUUCACAGAGUAUUAAAGAGGAAUUAAAAGAAGAUACUUGGAGGGACACUGAUAUUGCAGGAGAACAAGAGGUACAGAGUACCAAUGAUGAUGGCUAUGAAGGUGAUAUGGAAGGUGAUGGUGGACUUAUGCCUCCUCCUUCGACAGUUCCACCCCCCAAACAAGAAAAACCCAAAAAACUAGAUACUCCAUUGGCUGCAAUGCUUCCAUCUAAAUAUGCCAAUGUUGAUGUCACAGAACUGUUUCCGGAUUUCAGACCAGAUAGAGUACUUCUUUUCUCUCGACUUUUUGGACCUGGAAAACUGUCCAGCUUACCGCAAAUAUGGCGCGGUGUUAAAAAACGUAGACGUCGAAAGCGCAGUGGAAGUACAGGUAGUGACACACCACCGAUGGUUCCAGACAGUCAGGAACCUCAAUAUGCAAGUGACGAUGAAGAGAAACUUCUCAAGCCUAUGGAAGAAAAUCAACAGAUGUCUAAUGACGAUAAGGGAUUAGGCUCAGGAGAUAAAGCACAAAGGCCAACACCGGCCCACUGGCGUUUUGGUCCUGCUCAAGUUUGGUAUGAUAUGUUGAAUGUACCAGAGACUGGGGAUGGGUUUGACUACGGAUUCAAAUUAAAGACUCAAGGAACAGAUCGUGAAGAAAAAUCAAAGGAAGUUGAAGAAGAAAUUAGAGACACUGUGGAGAGUGCGGAUAGCCCUGAUAGUGGCUUUCCCGAUGAUUCUUUCCUUAUGCUGUCACAGUUGCAGUGGGAAGAUGAUGUUAUAUGGGACGGAAGUGAAAUGAAACAUAAGGUGCUUGCCCGUUUGAACAGCAAAAGUAAUGCAGCCGGAUGGGUUCCUACUUCAGUAAGCCGUACUGCACAGCAAUUCUCACAUCCUAGACCACAGCCGCCAACCACAUUACAGACUAAAACACCCGCUGCUACAGCCACUUCUGCUAAUAACCAACCAGGAGGGAAUUCAGCUGACGGUGAAGAUAACACUUGGUACAGUAUAUUCCCAGUUGAAAACGAAGAGUUGGUAUACGGUACUUGGGAGGAUGAAGUUAUAUGGGAUGCAGAGAAUAUGUCCAAAAUACCGAAACCUAAGAUACUUACGUUGGAUCCUAACGAUGAAAACAUUAUAUUGGGUAUUCCAGAUGAUGUCGAUCCUUCGAAGAUUACUAGAGAGCGAGGUCCAGCUCCUAAAGUAAAGAUACCUCAUCCUCACGUUAAGAAAUCCAAGAUCCUGCUUGGAAAAGCUGGUGUAAUUAAUGUACUUCAAGAAGAUGCUCCACCGCCGCCCCCUAAGUCGCCUGACAGAGAUCCUUUCAAUAUAUCUAAUGAUGUAUACUACCAGCCAAAAUCGCAGAACCCACGUUUGAAGGUGGGCGGCGGUCAGCUGAUACAGCACAGCACGCCGGUGGUGGAGCUGCGCGCGCCGUUCAUCCAGACGCACAUGGGGCCGGCUCGACUGCGCGCGUUCCACCGGCCCGCGCUCAGGAAGCUGACGUACGGGCCGCUCUCCGCCCCCGGACCGCACCCCGUCCAACCCUUGCUGAAGCAUAUUCGAAAGAAAGCUAAGCAACGUGAAGCAGAAAGACUGGCGUCUGGUGGUGGUGACGUGUUCUUCAUGCGGACGCCGGAAGAUCUGAGCGGUAGAGACGGUGAAAUAAUACUGGUCGAGUUCUGCGAAGAGCAUCCGCCACUGUUGAGUCAAGUUGGCAUGUGCACUAAGAUCAAAAAUUACUACAAGCGGACAGCUACCAAGGACAACGGUCCCAAGCCACUGAAGUACGGUGAAGUAGCGUACGCUCACACGUCGCCGUUCCUCGGGAUCCUGGCGCCGGGAGCCACGCAGCCGGUAGUCGAGAACAACAUGUACAGAGCUCCUAUAUACGAACACACGUUGCCGCAGACUGACUUCAUCAUUAUACGUACCAGACAAGCAUAUUAUAUACGUGAGAUCGACGCUGUGUACGUUGCCGGACAAGAGUGUCCGCUGUAUGAAGUCCCCGGACCAAAUUCAAAGAGAGCUAACAAUUUCGUUAGAGAUUUCUUGCAGGUGUUCAUCUACAGGCUGUUUUGGAAAUCUCGUGACAAGCCACGUCGUAUAAAAAUGGACGAUAUAAAGAGGGCGUUCCCAUCGCAUUCUGAAAGUUCGAUUAGAAAGAGAUUGAAGCUUUGCGCUGAUUUUAAGCGUACCGGAUUGGAUUCGAAUUGGUGGGUGAUAAAGCCGGAUUUCCGUCUACCCUCCGAAGAAGAAAUCCGAGCCAUGGUGUCGCCCGAACAGUGCUGCGCAUACUUCAGUAUGGCGGCCGCAGAACAAAGACUGAAAGACGCUGGCUACGGAGAAAAGUUCCUGUUUACCCCGCAAGAGGACGAUGACGAGGAAAUGCAGCUGAAGAUAGAUGAUGAAGUAAAAGUGGCUCCGUGGAACACGACCCGCGCCUACAUCCAGGCCAUGCGCGGCAAGUGUCUGCUGCAGCUGACCGGCCCGGCGGACCCCACCGGCUGCGGCGAGGGGUUCUCGUACGUCCGGGUGCCGAACAAGCCCACGCAGCAACCGAACGAGGAGCAACAACCGAAACGAACCGUCACCGGGACCGACGCUGACUUGAGGAGGCUGAGUUUGAACAACGCUAAGGCACUGUUGAGGAAGUUCGGUGUUCCCGAAGAGGAGAUCAAAAAGCUGUCGCGCUGGGAAGUCAUCGAUGUUGUACGAACAUUAUCGACCGAGAAAGCAAAAGCUGGCGAGGAAGGCAUGACGAAGUUCUCCAGAGGAAAUAGAUUCUCUAUUGCAGAGCAUCAAGAAAGGUACAAAGAAGAAUGUCAGCGUAUAUUCGAGCUCCAGAACCGCGUCCUGCAGAGUACAGAGGUGCUAAGUACCGACGAGGCCGAGAGUUCGGUCAGCGAGGAAUCUGACUUGGAAGAAAUGGGCAAGAAUCUCGAAAAUAUGCUAGCAAAUAAAAAGACCACAGAACAGCUGUCAAUGGAAAGAGAGGAGGCAGAGAGAGCGGAACUUCGGAAGAUGAUAAUGGGACAGUCCGAGAAGAAACCGCAAAUUAAUCCAAGCGAUCAACAACAAACAUCGAGUCAAGCAGGUCGAGUGCUUCGCAUAGUGCGCACGUUCCGCGACGCGUCCGGCCAGCGGUACACGCGCGUCGAGCUCGUGCGGAAGGCGGCCGUCAUAGAGGCCUACACCAAGAUACGGUCCACCAAGGACGACAUGUUCAUACGCCAGUUCGCCUCUAUGGACGAAACGCAGAAAGAAGAAAUGAAGAGGGAGAAGAGAAGAAUACAGGAACAAUUGAGACGUAUCAAGCGAAAUCAGGAGAGAGAAAGACUGGCCGGCAAUGUCACCGUACCUGGCCUUGGGAACGACAGUGACCUCGGGCCCUCCUCCAGCAACCUCAUACCUCUGGGCCAAAUCAAACAAGAGCCGGAUCUCCACACGCCAUCCCGAAGACGUGCCAAACUAAAGCCUGACUUGAAACUAAAGGUAUCAGUAUGCAAGUGUGGCGCCUGCGGCCAGGUUGGUCACAUGAGGACGAACAAAGCGUGUCCGCUAUACACCGGCUCGGUUACGGGUGGACCGGCCUCUCCUCCGGACAUAGACGUGGAGCCUCCUCCCGUUGAACCAGAAGAUGAUGAUCUUGGAUAUGUGGAUGGAACAAAGCUAACGCUACCAACCAAGAUUAUUAAGCAAACCGCCGAGGAGCUGAAGCGUCGCGGCGGCGGCAGGCGCGGCAGCGAGUUCGGACGCAGCAAACGUCGCGGCGCCACCGCGGACUCGUGCGAGUACUUGGUCCGGCGGCCGGCCGAGAGGCGCCGCACCGAUCCGCUGGUCACCCUGUCGUCGUUGCUGGAAGACGUACUCAACCACAUGCGGCAUUUGCCCGAUGUACAGCCCUUCCUGUUUCCUGUCAAUCAUAAGCUCGUCGCUGAUUACUAUCGCAUAGUUUCCCGGCCGAUGGAUCUGCAAACUAUACGAGAUAAUCUCCGACAGAAACAUUAUCAAAGCCGCGAAGAAUUCUUGGCCGAUGUCAAUCAGAUCGUCGAGAACAGCACACUUUAUAAUGGUCCAACAAGCAGUCUCACUGUGGCCGCCCAGAGAAUGUUACAGCGCUGCGUUGAGAAAUUAGCAGAAAAAGAGGAACAGCUAAUGAAACUCGAGAAACAAAUUAAUCCAUUACUUGAUGAUAACGAUCAGGUGGCCUUGUCGUUUAUAUUCGAGAAUCUUCUGACAACGAAACUGAAGAUAAUGCCCGAAUCGUGGCCCUUCUUGAAGCCCGUCAACAAGAAACAAGUUAAAGACUAUUACAACGUCAUCAAGCAACCUAUAGACAUGGAAACUAUGGGAAAGAAAAUUCAAGCUCACAAAUAUCACAGCCGUGAAGAAUUCCUCCGGGACGUACAACUUUUGGUGGAUAAUUGUCGGGCUUACAACGGCCCGAACUCUCAGUUCACGAGACAAGCUGAGGCCGUAUUGAAGGUCACGCAGGACGCUUUAGGCCAGUUCGACGAGCACGUGAGUCAGUUGGAAGCGAACAUAGUUAGGGUUCAGCAGAAAAUGCUCGAAGACGCCCAGCACUCGGAGCCGGAGGGCGACGACCUCCCCCCCACGGACGAGAAGCGCGGCCGGGGGCGUCCGCGGAAACACAAGCCCUCAACAUCAGACGGUGCUACUCCUAGAAAACGAGGCAGACCACGUAAAGAUCAGAACAGCUUGGAAGAAGAUCUUCAAUACUCGGACAGUGGUAGUUCGGAAUUGGAAGAGGUGGAACAGAAAGACAUCGUUGACACCAUUCAACUCUGUGUCAAACCAGAAGAUACAACGCUGGACGAGCCAAGCAUGAUAUCGGAUCCGUCCGAUUUCCCGACGACGAUCAAACGAGAAGUGACGGACGACCUGCCUCCGCCUUCGGACGACUUCGUGGACCUCGAUCAGCCGACUGACUUUACUUUCCCGUCCAUCGUAAAGGAAGAGCCGAUCGAACCUGACAUGAACAUGGUUCCCACGAUGAUAGAGAGUCACAUGGAGCCGCCUCAGCAGUUCAAGGAAGAACCGCCAGAGAAUUGGCAGCCCGAUCCAGCCAUUCAAGAUGAUCUCCAGGUGACUGAUAGCGAGGAAGAAGCAGAAGAUGGGUUGUGGUUCUAAGCGGUAAAGAUGGUGGUGAUGAGAAAAGAUAAACGUUUUCGAGAAAUUUCCUCGAAAGUCUUCAAACAGUAAACAUUUAAAUGGAGUUGGAGAGUGGAGAGUGGAGUGGAGUUGGAGAAUUGGAGAGUGGAGUAAAUGGUAGGCAGUGGCUUGGCUCUGCCCCUGGCAUUGCUGAAGUCCAUGGGCGACGGUAACCACUCACCAUCAAGGGCAAUAAAAAAAAGGGGUUACAAAAAAUGUCACCGAUCUUUGUUUCAAUAUACAGAACAUGAUUGAUUGAUUGAUUUUUUUAAAGUGUAUUUUAGAAAAAUAAGCUAUUAAAGAAAUAAA